GACAACUGUGCUCGGCGCAAAAAAAUGCCCCCUAGUAUCGAUACGCUCUUCGAUUCCGCUCCUUCUCCCGAUCUACAUCAACUUGGACAUCCACUUCCUCCAAGCACUUUGUCAACGUUGAUCGAGGUAUACAAACAGUUUUAUUCUGACUCUUAUACUUACAAACUCGCAAGGAAUUCUCUUACUCUUUUUGCCCAUAGACCCAAUCCUAACUGGCCAGAUGGGGAAGAGAUUAUAUCUCUUGCCUCACCGUGUAACUUGGAACAAGCAUCGGAGAUGAUGGCUACAUCCUCUUACUCGAUGGCGACCGGCACAGCGCCCAAUAAAUGGGUGCUCAGAGACAGGAACGAGGUGAUAGCUAUAGUGGAAUCAAGAGUGUGCACUCCGGAAGUGGCAAAAGAUGUCCAAAACUUCUUACGCGGAAAAGCUGGUCUCAAAGUGGCCAACGAAGAUAAGAUAACAAUUCGCUCAUUGACUAUUGGAUAUUCUGACAAAUCAUUGGCUCUAGUGAUGCCAGGGACAGGGGAAGACUCUACAUGUAGAGUAAUGACAAGGUAUGGGGAUCAACAACCAAGCUGGGAGCGGUUGUCGUCUCUUCUGAUCAACCGGGUCAAUGAUCAACUACGAGAGCAGAACAUCGAUCCCCAAGCUGUCACCGUGGAUAUUGAGGAAGGCGGGUAUGUGAUCGGUCAUCAAGGAGGACUUUGGUACAAGACUAAACCCAUCCGUUCAUUUGAGAAUCCCUACGGAAUAAAACAAGCUUGCCAUUUCAUUGAAGCUCAAGCAUCACAGUCAAAUCAUUCUUUCGAUCUGUAUAUCUCUACCAGGAUUACACAAACCAAUACUUGGGGAUCUAGAUUAAGCGUGCAACUAAAGUCUGAACAAGGGGGUAGCUUUGUCUCUGAAGGUUAUAAUCUACCCCCGCAACAUCUCAUGAUGCUUGGAGAGUACUUGGAUGAACAUGGGAGCUUCACUGCUUUGUCACAGCCAGUGGACGAGGUGUGUGGGGAAGAGGAGGCAGAGGAGGAAGAAGCUGAGAAUGGAGAUGACGUUGCAGAAAUUGAAGAUGAGAGAUCUAUCACGAGUGGCACGACGGCAGUUGAUUCAGGUUGGAUGGAUUGA